CACGACCUCACCUCUCGGUAACGAACGAAGUCAACGCUCGCCUUCGCACUCCGAGCGAACCUCACCUCCACGAAACCUCUCCACUCUCGAAGUUCGAUUACCCGACGGUCAAUUGCCCAACAUGGUCCACCGCAUCGCCUUCUGGAGCCUUUUCGGUACGUCACAGACCUGAGCCAAUUCACCCGCCCAUGGCAUCCGAGCAUACGAUAUGGGCAAUUGAAGACGAGACACAUGCGACGGACAGAGAGAAUUGGAUACUAACAGUAUAAUAAAGGCCUCGGCGCCCGAUUCUGGCAAAUGGGCAUCGAGAUGCGCCCAUUCUUCAACAAGUCCUCCCUCUGGGUGUACCCCGUAUAUGCGGCCGGCGGUGCCAGCUUCGGAUACUGGUUGCAGGGCGUCGACGACAGACAAACCUCUACUCUACAAGAACGAAAGGCUCUGCUCCUCGAGAAGCGAGCGCGCAAGGCAGAGCGGGAUGCUCAGGCGGAGGCUUAGAGGGGAAUGAACAGGAAUGGAAAUUUAAGAUAUCGGGAAAUUAAGACCUCCUCGGCUUGAGAAAAAAA